AAGUAUUGAAGUAUGUUGCUGUCUCGUCUUCAUAAAUUGAAACCCAUCCUUUCAUCUACAAAACAGUUGCUGUUUCGUUCUCAUUUUCCUAGUGGAAGACACCUCAGUGAACUUGUCAAACUAACAGAACACGGUAUCAGAGACAACGACAGAGACCUCCUGCACGUGGAAACACGGAAUAUGUGCCGCUGUGAAACCUGCUUCGGCAAACACAAUCACCAAAAAACAGGACAACCGUUCAGAACUGGGAAUCUUCAUCCUGGGGUGAAGGUUACUGAUAUAGGGAACGUUUCAGAGCACUAUGUAAGUCUGACUUGGAGUGAUGGACACACAGGGCUUGUUGCCAGGACAAUUCGUGGAGAGUACGGUCCUGAACCAGUCCCAACAAUCCUGGACAAGUAUCUUGACCUCAGUAUGAGAUACAACAGGUGCCAGGAGUUUUGGAGCGCUAAAACGGACGAAAACUCCAAGGUAUUCGACUACAACACAGUUAUAAGCAGUGUGGGAAAUACAAGAGAUUUUCUAGCUCACUACAUGAUCCAUGGUGUAGGAUUUCUGACAGAAAUACCUGCCAACAAAGAAAUGCUCGAUAUCAUCGCUGAUUUGAAGUGUGGGCCGAUAAGGGAGACAAUAUUUGGAGGGGUGGAUGUGGUGAGGGUUAAACCUAAUCCUGCCAAUGCUGGGUAUGGUAGUGGGAGCCUAGCUGGUCACACGGAUCUGAACUAUUACUACCAGAAUCCCCAUGUAGAGUUCUUCCAUGCUAUGGAGAACACGGUUGAGGGAGGAGAUAGUUUCUGGGUUGACACCUUCUCAGCAAUCUCAGAAGUCCGAGAAGAGAGACCAGACUACUUUGAUAUCCUGUGCAGAGUGCCAAUAUACCACAGAUUCACCCCACCCGGUACAGACCACUACGUCAGAAGUCACCACACCCUAGUGACCAUGUUAGGAGAGGAUAUUUUCCAGAUAAGUGACAACCCCUGGUCCACAGACACACCUCUAGCUACAUACACCCUGGAUCUGGAGACUCGGAGACAGUGGUGGGAGGCGUACCUGUACUACAGAGCCAAAGUGGAGGAUCAGAGUAGGUGGAUCAUGAGAAAGUUAGAGGGAGGGGAGGUUGUAGUGCUGGAUAACUUCAGGGUUUGUCACGGGAGGAAGGAGUUUGGGAGGACGGAACAGGGGCAGGAGAGGAUGGUCGGGACGGCUUAUGUUAAUUGGAAUCAUCUCCAGAGGGUCUUGCUGAGCCCGGUGGAGGCUGAACCGUGCUUUCUUGAGACAGAGAAACAUUGACUG